AUGGUCAACCUCCGUCGUGUCGAGGACAGGCCUACGCCGAAAGCGGUAUACAACUGGAGGGUGUGGACGCUUGCUAGCACCGCGGCAUGUGCUUCGAUGGUGAUUGGAUAUGACUCCGCCUUUAUCGGCGGCACGAUGGCUCUCAAAUCCUUCACGAACGAAUUCGGCACACUCUCCGCGACGACAAGCGCAAACGUCGUCUCGACCUACCAAGCCGGCGCCUUUUUUGGGUCCCUCUUCGGAUACCCACUAGGCUACUUCUUCGGGCGCAAAUGGGGCCUCUUCGUCGCGGCCUCCAUCUUCUGCGCCGCGUCGGCGAUCAUGUGCGCUGCGUCGCACCAUACGGGGCUGGGGCCGAUGUACGCCGGGCGCGUGCUCGCGGGCGCCGCUAUCGGCAGCGCGUCGAACCUCGCGCCGAUGUACAUCGCUGAGAUCGCGCCGUCGAGUAUUCGGGGCCAGCUUGUGGGUCUAUACGAGCUGGGAUGGCAGAUUGGCGGCAUCGUUGGGUUUUGGAUUAACUUCGGCGUCGAUCGGAAUAUGGCCCCUUCGCAUCGACAAUGGCUCAUUCCUUUUGCCAUUCAGCUAGUUCCGGGUGGUUUGCUCCUCAUCGGUUCUCUGACGCUCAUUGAAUCCCCACGUUGGCUGCUUGAACACGGUGACAAAGAGGACGCCAUGCGAAACCUAUGCAAAAUUCGCAAUUUACCUCCAUCACACACAUACGUCAUAGAAGAGAUGUCUGCGAUGGAGACUCAGCUAGAGCACGAACGAGCUCUCGUCGGGACCAGUUUCUGGGGGCCCUUCAGGGAAACCUUCAUGGUCGGUAAUAUCUUCAAGCGAGUGUUGCUUGGCUCAAGCUUGUUUGCGUUCCAAAAUGGAGCGGGAAUCAACGCAGUGAACUAUUAUUCUCCGACAAUAUUCAGAUCCAUUGGUAUCACGGGGACCAGCACGUCCCUUCUGACCACCGGCGUGUUUGGCAUCAUCAAAACGAUCGGCGCCGUCAUCUGGAUCUUGUUCUUCAUCGAUCACUUCGGCCGGAGAAUAAUUCUCAUGACUGGGGCGACUGGUGGUGCAAUUUUUAUGUUCUGGAUUGGCGCAUAUAUCAAAAUUGCAGACGUCAAGCAUAAGCAUGCCACCGACGGUCUGAAAGGAGGAGGAAUCUCUGCCCUCGUUGCUUUCUAUCUCUGGACAAUUUUCUAUUCCACGUCGUGGAACGGGACGCCUUGGGUCGUUGGCGCUGAAAUCUUCCCGCAGCAGAGUCGGACCGUCGGCCAAGCGUGCAUGGCCGCCAGCAACUGGCUAUACAACUUUGCCAUUGCGCGGGCCACGCCGCAGAUGUUCGCCAAGAUGGACUAUGGCGUGUACAUCUUCUUCGGAAGUCUCAUGGUGCUCGCCAUUCCCUACGUCUACUUCGUCCUUCCAGAGACGAAGGGUAUUCCGCUGGAGGCCAUGGACGAGCUGUUCGAUGCACCCGUGCCGAUCCGCAAGGCGCAUGGAUGGAUGGUCGAGAGGCUGGGCGAUCGUAGUCAUGCCCAUGGAGGGAAGGAUGAUAAAGGGAGCUCGCCAGAGGAGGAAGUUGUUGACGAGAAAAUGUACGCUGAAGAGCGGAGGAGCGAGAACGUCGCGCUCCGUCAGGUAUGAAGCCAACGAAAGUGAUGUAUUUGUACGUCUUAUCUGGAUUUUAUUGCGUGGCGUC